AGAGGCGCCGAGCCGCCAUAUUAUACAACAUUAAUACUGAGGAGAGCAGAGAGGAGGAGGUGAGCUGGGAGCCGUGCAAGCAAAGCGAGGAGCAAGCGACACCCUUGCCGUUAUCAUUAUCAUUAACAUUAUUAUCGUUAUUGCUACCGCCAGUGACCCGCGCACCCCAAACAAGUACCAGCAGCUGAAAUAAAUCCAAUAAUGUCUGCCCCAGCAGCAGGAGAGGGGGGAGCCCCCGCAGGACCCACCCCGCCCCCAAAUCUGACCAGCAACCGCAGACUGCAGCAGACCCAAGCACAGGUCGAUGAGGUGGUGGACAUCAUGCGUGUCAAUGUGGACAAGGUCCUGGAGAGGGACCAGAAGCUGUCCGAGCUGGACGACCGGGCAGACGCACUGCAGGCUGGAGCCUCCCAGUUUGAGACCAGUGCGGCCAAACUCAAGAACAAGAACUGGUGGAAGAAUAUGAAGAUGAUGAUUAUCCUGGGAGUGAUAUGUGCAAUCAUUCUCAUCAUUAUAAUUGUGUACUUCAGCACCUAAAGGUGGCGCCAUCCCCAAUGGCAAAUUGGUUGAGAAUUCGGCAAGGAGAGCUACAGGACCAGCGUCACACUGACACUGCGAGCCAAAUCUUCCAGCUCCUAGACCGUGUGUGUGUGUGUGUGUGACUGAGUGUGUGUGUGUGUGUCUGUCCUGUAAAUAGGCUGGUUAUUUAUUAUUUUUAUUAUUAUUAUUAUUACAAUGAUAUAGAUUUUUGUCCUUUGUAGAGAAUUGUUUAGAAUGUUUUAAUGGUGUGUAUUUAUUUCCAUAUCAGUAACUGCCUAUAUCUAUCUAUCUAUUGUAAAAGAGAAAUACAUAUUUGCACAAACUGGGGUACAUUUUUACAGUAGAAAUGUUAGGAUUUAUUUAUUGAUGUUACUUACUAGUUUCUAUGGCACUAAUCAAUCGAACUGCUAGACUUGUAGACAUUCCUAGAAGAUGCUGUCGCACCAACAAAACUGCCUGAAGUCAUACGUGCACAUUCUGGAGCUGCCAUGGAGCACUAAAUAACAGGGCACUAUAUAGGCUCAGGGGUCCAGUGGUUAAAGAAAGGGGCUUGAUAAACCAGGAGGCUCAGAUCCCAGCUCAGCCACUGACUCGCUGUGUGGG